CUCUCUGUCUGUGAUGCUGCAGCUCCUGUACUCUCUCCAGUCUCCAGUAAACAGCAGUCAUGGCGACAGUGGUCCAGCCGCUCACACUGGAAAGAGAUGUUGCCCGAGCUAUUGAGCUGCUGGAGAAGCUGCAGGAAUCAGGGGACGUUCCUGGACAUAAGCUGCAGUCUCUGAAAAAGGUUCUGCAGAGCGAGUUCUGCACAGCAAUCAGAGAGGUCUAUCAGUACAUGCAUGAAACGAUUACAGUGAAUGGCUGCCCAGAGUACCAGGCGAGAGCCACGGCUAAGGCCACAGUUGCAGCCUUUGCAGCCAGCGAAGGUCACUCUCACCCACGGGUGGUGGAGCUUCCCAAGACAGAGGAAGGGUUAGGCUUCAAUGUGAUGGGUGGCAAGGAGCAGAACUCACCUAUAUACAUCUCCCGCAUCAUUCCUGGAGGUGUGGCUGAAAGGCACGGCGGCCUAAAACGAGGGGAUCAGCUGCUGUCUGUCAACGGUGUGAGUGUAGAAGGAGAGCAUCACGAGAAAGCCGUGGAGCUGCUGAAGGCGGCCAAAGAAAGCGUGAAGCUGGUGGUCCGCUACACCCCCAAAGUGCUCGAGGAGAUGGAGGCUCGCUUCGAGAAGCUCCGUACGGCGCGGCGGCGUCAGCAGCAGCAGCUCCUGAUGCAGCAGCAGCAGCAACAGAAUCUGGCUGCUCAGCAAAAUCACAUGUCGUAGGUUGUUCCAGAAGAAGAAGAAGUAGAAACGUUGAGCGAUGGAUCGUAAAGAUCACUUGUACGCAUCGAGGGUCCCAAAGGAAAUCUCUUUGUAGUGGAGGAAAUCAACAAUAAGACUCUCUUGACCUCCUCAGUCUCCCUUCCAGUGAACCACCGCUUACUGAGCAAAGAGAGAAUUUGGUGUGAAACUGGUGCUUUAAAAAAAAACAUGCUAAGUUGUCUAGUUAACUUUGUACUCCCUUUUCUAGUUUUCUGUUCUCCAGUUGUGGAUUUUUAAAGCUCCUCUCCUCGUCUUCACCCUUGAUCAUUUUCCCUGAUUUUAAUUUUUAAUCCUUCCGUCCAGCUUCUGCCAGUACCCCAGAGUUACCGUUUGUAAAAUGGUGUUCCUAUCAACUCCUCAUUUCUGGUGCUUGUGUUUCAUAUGUAUGAUUUCUCGUCCCAUUUUUCGAUAAACUGUUUUUUACCUUCUCUACUGUAGCAAGAGCAUAUUUUAUAUCUUGUAGUUUUAGCAAUAAAACAUUUGGUUCAGUUCAUAA